UUACUCCUUCAUUGACCCAACGCGGUGGUUGGACUUGUGGUGGAGAGAGACGGCUACACAAUAAAUCCCUCUCUCUGUUCUUCGUUCGACCUAUGGAUUCCAAUUCCAAUCCGCCCCAGCAGGGUGCUAAUAAUCCUCCUCCAAAGCCUUGGGAGCGAGCAGGGACCUCAUCUGGCCCUGUGCCUUUUAAACCCUCAUCGGCUGGUAAUACUAGUGAUGUAGUUGAGGCUUCAGGAACAGCAAAUCCAGGUGAAAUCGGUUCCACCACAAAUAGGAAUACAGUUGUAAAUAGAAAUGCUCUUGGGAGGCCUCUACCAACGAGGCCCUGGGAGCAGCAGACAACAUAUGGGAACAGUUAUGGAGGUUAUGGUUCUGGUAUGAAUUAUAACUCAGGGUUGGGUUCAGGAUUCAGUUCAUAUGGUGGAUAUGGAGGGAAUUAUGGUGGUGGGCUAUACGGUAACAACAUGUAUAGAGGUGGUUACAGCGGGCUUUAUGGAGGAGGGUCUGGCAUGUAUGGUGGAGGAAUGUAUGGUGGUGGUGGUCUUGGGGGUGGUCUUGGGGGUCCAAUGGGUGGCUUUGGAAUGGGAAUGGGGGGUCCUUAUGGUGAUCAGGAUCCAAAUAAUCCAUAUGGUCCUCCACCAUCUCCACCAGGCUUUUGGAUGUCCUUUCUCCGUGUGAUGCAAGGUGUAGUAACCUUUUUUGGCCGGAUUUCAAUUCUGAUAGACCAGAAUACCCAGGCAUUCCACUUGUUCAUGUCUGCCCUUCUCCAGCUUUUUGAUCGCUCGGGUAUGCUAUAUGGAGAGCUAGCUAGAUUUGUAUUCAGACUGCUGGGUAUCAGAACCAAGUCCAAAAAGAUUAAUCCACCAGGCCCUGAUGGACUUCCUGCUCCACACAAUCCCCAUGCGAAUCAGAACUAUAUUGAGGGACCUAAGGCUGCUCCUGCGGGUGCCUGGGAUAAUGUGUGGGGAGAUAGCAACUAGUUUGAUCCCUCCCAAUCUCUAUUCAUCUUCAAAAGGGAACUAACCAGCAACAAGCAGUCCGUGUAAAGUGAAAGUUCUUUGGAAUUUGAUAGGGCUGCCCCCAGUAAAGAUUGGAGUUGUUGAAUUUGAUGCUGUUUGCAUAAAAUAAAGGUUCUCCGUCUGCCAGUCAAGCUGGAACCCAUUCAAGUGGAUUGCUGUUCACAUGAAAUAAAAGAAUCUCUUGUAGGAUUUUGAGUGAUCUACUGUUUUUGCAUAAUUUGUUGUAUUUGGAUCAAAGACCCCUUGAAAUAUAAGAAAGGAUAGAAAUUGUAAUGGAACAUAAAAAUUGAUAUGGAACACUCUACUGGUUCAAUGUUAAUUGUUGUAUUCCAAUUGCGUGCCCAGUUUGUUGCUCAAGAGGAUUCUUACUAGCUGAAUUAGCAUGAACUUCUAGAAAAUUCUCGUGGGUUGAGGAUGUAUUAUCAAUUGCUUGAUGUCUUGUAAUGUUUAUCACAACGUGAUUGUUCA